UGAGGAGGAGAUCAAUGCAUGGAAAUGCAUAUAUGCAUAUAUAAAUACGGUAGAGCAAGAAACUGAGAGGGAAGCAAUCAAGAUCAGAAAUGGAUUCGAAGUUUUUGAGGAAAGCAAAGCCGUAUUUGGCUGUGAUUAUGCUGCAGUUUGGUUCGACGGGUUCUGCAAUAAUCGCAAAGUCUGCUCUGAAUCAUGGGAUGAGCCAUUACACGUUUUCAGUUUACAGGAAUAUUGUCGCCACAGUUGUAAUGGCGCCUUUUGCCUUAGUAUUAGAAAGGAAAAUCAGGCCACGAAUGACCUUCUCCAUUUUCUACAAGAUAGUACUGCUUGCCUUGUUGGAGCCUGUCAUAGAUCAGAACUUGUACUAUGCUGGAAUGAAAUACACAACGGCAACUUUUGCAUCGGCAAUGUGCAAUGUUCUUCCUGCCAUAACCUUUUUAUUAGCUUGGGCACUCGGGCUUGAAAGAGUGAAUAUUAAAAGGUGGUCAAGCCAGGCAAAGGUUGCAGGAACCUUAGUGACAGUGAGUGGAGCCAUGAUUAUGACUCUUGUAAGAGGAUCUAUCAUUGGACUACCUUGGACCAGACACAGUCACAUAAAUUCUCAACUCACUGCUGCUGAUGCUGAUGCAAAUUCCCACCAAAAUCCAGUCAGAGGAGCUCUCAUGAUCACAGCUGGUUGUUUCUGUUGGUCUAUCUUUUACAUUCUUCAGAAGAAAUUAACUUAUUUACAGGCAAUCACGUUGAAGUCGUAUCCGGCUGGACUUUCCCUGACCGCUCUGAUAUGCAUGGGCGGAGCGCUGCAAGGGACUGCGCUCACUCUUGUGGCCGAAAAGAGCAACACCGCAAUCUGGACUAUAAGAGGGGACACCAAACUUCUAGCUUAUGUUUAUAGCGGGCUAGUAGGUUCUGGAAUUACUUACUAUGUUGCAGGAGUUGUGAGUAAGGAAAAAGGGCCGGUUUUUGCGACAUCAUUUAAUCCUCUGAGUAUGGUGUUUGUGGCAGUGAUGAGUUCUUUCAUUUUAGCUGAGCAGUUGGACGUGGGCAAGGUGAGUGGAGCUAUUGUGAUUGUUGUUGGGCUGUACCUAUUUAUAUGGGGUAAGGCUAAGGACAAGAAAGAAUCUUUGACCUUGAACGCCCAAUCAGAGAUGGUUGUUGAGAAGCAGGGAUCAGCUACAAAUUCAUCUACAAAUGCCUCAAAAGAUAACCAAUCAGAUGUCUCCAAGGCAAUAUCAUGUGAUAAUGUUGUUUAAGUUGCUGUCCUAUGUGGGAAGAUUCAAAAUCUAAGUUUGAUUUUUUUUUCAAAAUCAUUCAUGAAAUUUUGAAUUUGUUAAUAUCAUCCCUUCCCUACAAAUCUCAGCUAUGAUUUUCAGUGAAUGAAUGGCAGUUUAGUCAUUUCGCUUGUUCAUCACUAGCAUUCAGUAGAAACUUCAGGGAUUUCUUACUAAUUAAUGUUACCAAAAUACGGCUUAAAUA